AAAUGAAAAUAAAAAUUUACCACUACUGCAACAAAAUUUAAUAAUUUAACAAAAAUUACAUUUUACUAUUGCAUAUGAUAUAAUAUGGCACACCCCUAACUGAGAUAUUAAAAAAGUACUAGAAUUUUAAUCAGAUUUGUAGCAGAAGUCGAUGACCUAGAAUUUCAUAAUAAUGCACUCCAGAUAAUCCAGAUCAAAGACUGAAGUAAAAUAAAUUAUACUGCACAGAUAUAAUCUGUCUCUAGUAGAUAUAUAAUGGGAAAUGAGAACAGUGAAUUUUCCUUUUGCUGAAAACAGCAAAAAAGUAGUAACCUGUAUGAUAAUUAGAGGUGGGUGAUAUGGCACGAUAUUUCAGAGUAAUAUCGUUUACAAUAUUAAAAAAUGUUGGGGAUAUUUUUGUGUACAAUGCGAUAUAACACACCUAAUCAGGAGUGCCCAAUUUUUUUUAUACCACUCUAUAUACAAUUAAUUUUGAAGAUCUAAUGCCACAUUGUGAGUACCAGAAUAAUCUUAUCACAAAUAUUUAAAUGUUGCUUUAGAAAUAAAUGUUAAAUGUUAAUGAAGCCUGUGAAGGUAGCAAUAAAAUGAAGUGCUGCUAGCAUUUUUUAUACAGAACUGUAGAAAGAGUGGUUGACCAUUUAUUCGGGUCAUUACAGGCUUUACUCCACCCUUGGCAUGGCUGUUGUUCUGUGAUUUUGCAAUCUGAAUUCACAGAGGGCACCAUGUCUGUUAUUAGAUGUGACAUUCAGCCUCUCACCCUGAUCUGGAAACAGGCAGACUGCAGUCUGAGAGAGGCAAAAUGUCCUCAUUUCAACUGUGUGUGUGGAGACUGUGUGAUUCUGCUGACUCUAAUAGUUGUGUGAUUACUGUGUAAUUGUGAUAACUUUGUGAUUGUGAUAACUGUGAUCGUACUGACUGUAAUGAUUUUGUGAUGAUUUUGUGAUAACUGUGAUUGUGAUCACUGUGUGUUAUUUGUGUAAUGACAGUUUGAUGUGUGUGUGAUGAUUGUGGUUGUGUAAUGUCUGUGUGAUUAUGCCGACUAUGUUGUGACUGUGUGAUUGUGCUGACUGUGUGAUGAAUGUGUGAUGACUGUGUGAUUGUGCUGACUGUGUAAUGGAUGUGUGAUUGAGUGCUGACUGUGUGAUUGUGCUGACUGUGUGAUGAAUGUGUUAUGGCUGUGUGAUUGUGCUGACUGUGUAAUGGAUGUGUGAUUGAGUGCUGACUGUGUGAUUGUGCUGACUGUGUGAUGAAUGUGUUUUGGCUGUGUGAUUGUGCUGACUGUGUAAUGGAUGUGUGAUUGAGUGCUGACUGUGUGAUUGUGCUGACUGUGUGAUGAAUGUGUUAUGGCUGUGUGAUUGUGCUGACUGUGUAAUGGAUGUGUGAUUGUGUGCUGACUGUGUGAUUGUGCUGACUGUGUAAUGGAUGUGUGAUUGUGUGCUGACUGUGUGAUUGUGCUGACUGUGUAAUGGAUGUGUGAUUGAGUGCUGACUGUGUGAUUGUGCUGACUGUGUGAUGAAUGUGUUAUGGCUGUGUGAUUGUGCUGACUGUGUAAUGGAUGUGUGAUUGUGUGCUGACUGUGUGAUUGUGCUGACUGCGUGAUGAAUGUGUGAUUGUGCUUACUGUGUAACGAAUGUGUGAUUGUGUGCUGACUGCUUGAUGAAUGUGUGAUAGUGUGCUGACUGUGUGAUUGUGCUGACUGUGUGAUGAAUGUGUAAUUGUGCUGACUGUCUAAUGAAUGUGUGAUUGUGUGCUGACUGUGUGUAAGUGCUGACUGUGUGAUUGUGUUCUGACUGUGUGUUUGUGCUUACUGUCUAAUGAAUGUGUGAUUGUGUGCUGACUGUGUGUAAGUGUUGACUGUGUAAUGAAUGUGUGAUUGUGUGCUGACUGUGUGAUUGGGCUGACUGUGAUAAAUGUGUGAUUGUGUGCUGACUGUUUGAUAGUGCUGACUGUGUGAUGAAUGUGUAAUUGUGCUGACUGUGUGAUAGUGCUGACUGUGUGAUUGUGUGCUGACUGUGUGAUAAAUGUAUGAUUGUGUGCUGACUGUGUGAUUGUGCUGACUGUGUGAUAAAUGUGUGAUUGUGUGCUGACUGUGUGAUUGGGCUGACUGUGUGAUAAAUGUGUGAUUGUGUGCUGACUGUGUGAUAAAUGUGUGAUUGUGUGCUGACUGUGUGAUGAAUGUGUAAUGACUGUGUGAUUGUGCUGACUGUGUAAUGGAUGUGUGAUUGAGUGCUGACUGUGUGAUUGUGCUGACUGUGUGAUGAAUGUGUUAUGGCUGUGUGAUUGUGCUGACUGUGUAAUGGAUGUGUGAUCAUUUCGGUGGUUGGUUAGUUGUUAGGAUUUAUUGUCACUUCAGCACAAAUGUGGCUAUUUGUGGCGAUAAUUUUGGUGAAAAUUAGUGAAACCUGUAGAGUUUAUUGAAUUUUUGCUGCAUGAUCUCCUCAGUGAGAAUCCCCACCCCAUAACCAAUCAGGAGGCUCCAACUGCUUACCCCUCCCACUGCUCUUUCAUUGUGGAUGCGCAGAAUGUCUUAAACGUCCGUUUUCAGAGUCAGACCAUGAACUACGUAGGGCAGCUGGCAGGGCAGGUGUUCGUGCAGGUGAAGGAGCUGUACAGAGGCCUGAACCCCGCCACCCUGUCCGGCUGUAUCGAUGUCAUUGUGGUGCGUCAGCCCGACGGCUCCUUGCAGUGUUCGCCCUUCCACGUUCGCUUUGGGAAGAUGGGGGUGCUGCGCUCCCGGGAAAAAGUGGUUGACAUAGAGAUUAAUGGAGAGCCCGUCAGCCUGCACAUGAAACUGGGAGAGAAUGGAGAGGCCUUCUUUGUGAAGGAGACCGAGAGUGAUAUGGAGAUGGUACCACCCUACCUUGCAACAUCCCCCAUAAUUACAGACGGCUCAGCUUUGAUGGAAUCACAGCUAGGAAACAGCACACCUCGUCUGACUGAGCCUAUAACCGGGACCUCCAUCCAGUCCCUGGGCCCUGCGCAGGCCUCUGGAGACAACAGUAUAACAAAGAAGAGGAGAAAGAGAAGGAGGAAGUCAAGAGUGGACAAUAUGAAGCGAGAGGACAAUGGGGACUCUGAGGAUGAGGACAUUUUCCCCAUUGAUAUGAGUUCAGAUGAGGAGAAAGAAAUCGUAGUAAGCAGAGCUACGUCACGUGAACCCUACAGUGAGCAGGCCAGGGGCGGUCCCUCCUGCAGCCCUUUAGCACAGCGGAUGGUGUACUCCUCUUGUGAGGAGGAUUGGAGACAUAAGCAGAGGACAAGGAUGGACCAGACCAGUACUCUGCUUAUACCAGCUAGUGCAGGGCUGUCCAUCUCCUGCCCCCAAGAAGCAUCAGCUUUUCCAUCAACAAUGAGCAGCUCAGGAAAUGACUCCUUGCCUCCGUCACCCAAGAGCGACUCAGAGCUACUGGUCAAACAGACAAGUAUGGGGAAGCCCGAGAACCCUGAGAUUCUGUGGGCCUGGGGAGAGUUGCCUCAUGCUGCCAAGCCUCUGAUGAAGCAGCCUGUAACUGAGCCCGUGGUGGUCACUUCAGCACCGAUCCCUAUGCUGGACAGCACACACUUCCGGGCCAUCACUGGAGAUGGGAUGGUGGAGCCCCUGGGUGAGAGUCCUCCAGUACUCAGCCUGUAUGUGCCCGAGCUCAGGCCUGGAGAGGCUGCAGCUGCCCCAGAACCUGCUGCUUCUGUGGAGGAGGAAGCCAUUGGAGCAGCUGCUCGUCUCAUUACUGGCCCGGAGAUUGAACCACACAGCGCCGGGACCCGAGACCUAAACAAGACAGACUCCCCAUCAAAGCGAAAAGACAAAAGAAGUCGUCACCUUGGGUCAGAUGGUGUGUACCUGGAUGAUCUUACAGAGCUGGAGCCUGAGGUGGCAGCACUCUACUUUCCCAAGAGUGAUGGCAUAAGCUCAGUUAGGGGUGGCACAGAGCCGAGGAGUGCCAAUCAGUCACCUCAGUCCGUGGGCAGCAGUGGCAUGGACAGCGGGGUGGACACCUUUUCCGAACAUUUAGGAGACCUGCCUAAUAUUGCCAUCUCGCUUUGUGGAGGUCUAACAGAGAACCAGGAGAUCAGCAGAGAGGAAUUCCAAGAGAGAGCAAUAUCUUAUCAGGAUUUUGUUGAUAACCCGGCUAUUAUUGAUGACCCCAACCUCGUCGUAAAGAUCGGAACAAAGUACUACAACUGGAGUACAGCAGCUCCGCUUAUGCUGGCUAUGCAGGUGUUCCAGAAGCCCCUGCCAAAGUACUCGUGUCUGAGUUAUGUGUACUCAGCUUUUGGAUUCUUCACUUAUUGUUUUCCUAAUGUGUUUGGUUCCAAUCCAGCUGCGGUGGAGAACAUAAUGAAGGAGAAGAUGCCUAAGAAGGGAGGGCGCUGGUGGUUCUCGUGGAGGGGGAGAAACAGCAGCUCUAAGUCGGAAUCUGCAGCAGAUCAGGUGGAGAGUGAUGAGCAGCUACUGAGAGCCAGCAGGUUGAAGGAUGAAUCUUCCUCGAGUGAUGAGGACAACAGAACUGCCGAGCAGACCCCACCCUGUGCUCAGAAGCAGCACCCCCACAGCCCUGCCAGCAUCUGCUACAGAAAGACACUACGCUUAUCUUCAGAACAACUUACCAGUCUGCAGCUAAAAGAGGGUCCUAACGAUGUGGUCUUUAGCGUCACCACUCAGUACCAGGGAACCUGCCGCUGUGAAGGCACCAUAUAUUUGUGGAAAUGGGACGAUAAACUAGUAAUUUCAGAUAUAGAUGGCACCAUCACCAGAUCAGACACACUUGGGCAUAUUCUACCAACACUGGGCAAAGACUGGACCCAUCAAGGCAUUGCCCGCCUCUACCACAAAGUCAGCCAGAAUGGCUAUAAGUUCAUGUAUUGCUCAGCACGGGCGAUUGGUAUGGCUGGCAUGACCAGAGGUUACCUACACUGGGUAAAUGAGAGAGGCACCAUGCUCCCUCAGGGUCCUGUUCUCCUCAGUCCUAGCAGCUUGUUUUCUGCAUUACACAGGGAGGUCAUUGAGAAAAAGCCAGAAAAGUUUAAAAUUGAGUGUUUGACUGACAUCAAGAACCUCUUCCAUCCAAACAUAGAGCCUUUCUAUGCUGCUUUCGGAAACAGAGCAACAGAUGUGUAUUCAUAUAAGGAGGUGGGAGUACCCUUAAACCGAAUCUUCACUGUGAACCCUAAAGGAGAGCUGAUUCAGGAACACGCCAAGACCAACAUAUCAUCGUACGGGCGUCUGUGUGAAGUGGUUGACCAUGUCUUCCCUCUGCUGCUCAGGGGCAAUACCUCCGACUUCCCCUGCUGUGACACGUACAGCCAGUUCACCUACUGGAGAGAGCAGCUGCCGGAGCUGGACAAGCCAGAGCAGACUGUGGAGAACAGCUGAGGGAAUGAAUCCUGAAACCUGCGGGCUCCUCUUACCGUCUGUAGCACUACAUUGCCACGUGCUCUUUUGCGAGCAGAUAACAUCAACACGUCAUUUUCCUGCAGUAUCACUUCACCCAUUACAGUGCAGCUGCACUCUGAAUGUUUAUAAUAGUUUAGAAUACAUGGUCAUACAUGUGUUUCUGUGAUAGCAGGGGAAUGAUUUCAGUUUUAAUUAAAUCUGAUCUCCGUUCAGCACUAAAACUGCAUUGUCGUUUGACUGAAAGGCUAUAUUAUCACUCACAUGCAGAAAUAGCUGAACUUCAUAGUAAACGCUUAUUGCUCUGAGAUUUACAUUUUUAAGAGAUAUUUUAUUACAGAGAAAGGUGUGAAACCAGCAGUACUUUUUAAAGUCUAACUCUAUUUAUAAGAUGUAAUUUAAUCACAAUCCAAAUCCUUAUUUCCUUCUGUGACUUUUUUGCACAUGCUAAGAACAGUCACGAUACAAACGCAAAAACAUAUUUCAUCAGCAGUGUAGCAUAUGGUUUCUCUUAGCUGCAAAGACAAAUUUGUUUUACUCAUGCAACAUAUAUACAUAUUUAAUCUUGCAGAAGUGACUCAGGAUCAAAUGGAUUAUCCUUUUCAUAUGUUGCUUUACUGAAGUAAAAAUGUAACAAAUUCUCUACCGUAAACAAACUAAAAGUUUCUGCAUUUUUAUGUACAUUUUUUCAUUAUUUGCUGAAUAAUAACAAAAAAUGUACUAUACCUAAUUAGUUAAAUUAAGCAAGUAUAACAAUGCAUUUAAAUUUGCUGGAACUUGCUGAGUCUUUUCUGUAGAGGAUUUUUUUUUUUUUUGCUUAGAAAAUAAACAGGAUUUUUUUUAUUGUAAUUUUAACCACAGUUAACUAUUUACUAUUGGCACACUGUUAGAUCCGACGUCCAAGCUGUGACAAAACUAAAAGAUAAAAUAUUUUAGACAACCAAUAUGUAUUGCUUUUAAUUAACAUAAAUGCAAGGAUAAAAAAAAUGGAAAUUUAAGAAAAAUUGAAAUUUUGAAGAAUUCAGUAUGUGUGAAUUCAGAACUGUGAGGUGAAUAAGUGAAUGAGUUAUAAUUGUUAAGUGGUAAAUGUAAUGUAUUUAUUGCACUGAAUCUAGAACAUGGGUUUGGUAUAUGAUUAUGCAGCAUUGUGAAAAUCCAGAAACCACCUUUAUUUACUGAAUUUCCAGUUAAUCCAUUCUUCCAUUCUUUGUAGAAGACUGUAGCAGUUCUGGCAGCACAGGUGCUCUGAACCCACACAAGGAGGCAUCUUGUGGAUUUCUUCUUUAGUACUCUACAGGAAAAGAAUCUGAUUCCUGUGCAUAUGGCUCUACUACAAAAUGUUCAAAAGAAACUAGAAAAAAGUAAAAUGGUAGUGCUAGUGGAUCUAAAUAAUGAGCUCAGACACUGCAGCUCGAAAAUCUGCACUGCACGUCUGAAAAUAAAGAAAAGUAUGAAAGAUAGCAGAGAUAGCAGAGCUAAGCAGAGAAACAUCUGAACGGCACAGAAGCAGAAAGCAGAGCUCUUAGGAACUUAGAACACAUCUUUUUCCAGAGCCUGGGAAUCUGUCACCUGAAGCUUCUGUCCAGUUUGUAAUUAAUAAUUAAAUGUCUUAAUUACAGACAACAAUAAAGACAUACAUUAAUGUAUAUGCACUGAAUUAGUUGAAUAUAUGUCUGCAGAGAUUCUGCUUUCUAACAUUAAAAAAGGGAAUAAAAUAUUUUUAGUUGUUAAGUUAGUGAUAAAAAGUAUAUUGAUUUUAUCAUAUUGAUAUAGAAAACCACUAAAACCAUUUCACUGUGAAAGACUGAUGAAAGUGUAGAUGAUGCUUUUUCUUAACUCUUUACUGAAGGGCAGAGAUUAGAAAUGAUUACUUGCUUAUUUACUGCCUACAUAAACCUUUAUGAUUAUGAUUAUAUAUUUAUGACUGUUAUGCUUAAUCAUCACAGGAUGAUUAAGCAUACCCUUCUGGGGUAAACUGACACAGCUGAGUGUAAAUAUAUGAUAAUGAGUUGAGUGAAUGUUUAUUUAUGUUUGAGUGACUAAGUGUUGAUGAAUGUAAUAAGUGUUAAUGAGCAAGUGUUGAUGAGUGUUAAUAAGUGUUUAAGUAAUUAAGUGUUAAUGAGUGAGUGAGUAAUGUAGUGUCAAUGAGUGUUAAUGAAUUUUUAUGGGUGUUAAUGGAUGUUUGAGUUACUGAGUGUUUAAGCAAUUAAGUGUUGAUUUUUAAUGGAUGUUAAUGAGUGUUUAUGGGUGCUAAUGAAUGUUUAGAUAAUUGAGUGUCGAUGAAUGUUAAUGAGUGUUAGAGGGUUUAAGUGUUUGAGUGAGUAAUUGAGUAUUUGAGCGUUUAUGGGUGUUAAUUGAUGUUUGAGUAAUUGAGUGUUGAUGAGUGUUUAAGAGUAUUUGAGUAUUUUAUUCAUAUUAACCAGUACUGGGUUUAUCUUAAGCGUUAAAUUCAGUUAAUUCAAGAUAUAAUUUCACCGUACUGUUUCUCAUUUCACCCACACUGUGUUUGUGACUUGUGUUUAUAACCUUUUCUGCUUGUCUUUAACUUUUGGUGAAAUUCUGAUAUUCUUUCUGUGAAAGAUCUCAUUGCCUAAGUUGUGGAUGUUUCAGGUUAGUUUGAUAAGAUGUAAAAAAAAAACAAAAAAAAACAAAACAAAAAAAAAAAAAAACAUGAUGCCAAAUAUGGACCUGUACACUUAAAAUGUAUAAUAACAGAAACAGAGAGUGAGGUUCUUUUUGUCUCUUUCUGUUACAUAUUAAUACUUUUGGUUGAAAUAUAUUUAUGUAUUGAUUUA